AUGGAUUUACUGUGGUGCGAGCGACCGUCCUACAAGAAAUGGGAGAAGAGCGCACCUAACAUGUUUACCGACAUAUUUCGCUUGAGAAGAUUGUUCGGUAUGGAAUCGCUCGUCCAAGAUCAUAUGUGUAAGACCGCACAUAUCUACAACGACGACGAUUCCUUCGGAGAAAUGUGGUACCACGGUUUGAGUCCGAUCGACGGAAUGAGCUCCGCUCACACGAGCGACUACGACGACGACGAGGACGAGAGAUAUGACUUAGUUCCGUCACACAUUAGCAAGUUAAAGAUCAACAUCAAGUUCUGUAGUCGCGUUAAUCGCAUUUUUGAGAAAACCAAGACGAGAUAUCGUUAUACAUUAUUGAAUCUUGAAAUUAAGGAUCUUAAUUCCAAGUAUGACACAUCUUUGAAUCCUUUUAACAAUAUUGACAAAACCGGAUGGUUGAUUAACAUUAGUAAUAAAAACAUUCCUGAUCGAGUGUCUGAACUUUUGAGUCUUGGUGACAAUUUUGGAUUACCGUUACUUCAGUCUCACGCGAAAGAUCGUGUUAACGUUGUUCUUGAGACCUUGAAGAACUUGGAAAUCAAUUACAACCGCAUCCCUGUUACCGUUAUUGCAAGUACCAGAAAUUCUGUCGCUAAUUCUCUCAAUAGAUUUCUUUGUGAGAAAAGGCAUGUCAACUGUAUAGACAGAUAUGUUCUAGGAAGCCUCUCUCUUUGCAAACAAUUCUUGCACAACAACGACGAUCUGUUUGUCACCAGGGCUGAUAAGGGUCAGGUCACUGUGGUGAUGAAUAAGACUGAUUAUGUGGAAAAAAUGGAGGCACUUCUGAAUGAUCAAUCCACCUACAGGAAAUUGAAUAAGGAUCCGAUCAGAAAAUUAACUAAUAAAAUCAAUACUAUGGUAAAAUCGUGGCGUAGCAAUGAUCUUAUAAAUGAGUCUACAUAUAAAAAAUUGAACUCUACGAAUGGUAAUUUACCACGGUGUUAUGGUUUACCAAAAAUUCACAAGUCUGGUUUUCCAAUGCGAAUUAUUGUGUCAUCGAUCGGUAGUCCCGUAUACAACGUCGCGCAAUACAUCCAUGACAUAUUGAAGAUUUCGAUCUUGGAACCUAAAUCUCACAUCAAGGAUGGUUGGACGUUUGCUAAUUAUUUAAAAGGCAAAAUUAUUAGAGAUGACGAAAUAAUGAUUUCUCUUGAUGUCACUGCAUUGUUCACGAAUAUUCCUAAAGAUUUGGUUGUGAGUGCUGUCACUAAACGUUGGAAUCACAUCGCGCCUAAUACGAAAUUUAACUUAUCACAGUUUUUAUACGUGAUUGAAAUGAUUUUGGACUCCACUAGUUUUACAUUCAACGGACAGUUUUACGAACAGAUUUUUGGUAGUCCUAUGGGUUCUCCUCUGUCACCUAUUUUGGCCGAUAUCAUGAUGGAUGACUUGGAAACACAUUGUUUGAGUCUGCUGGAUUUCAAUGUGCCGGUUUAUUACAGAUAUGUUGAUGAUAUUUUUACCAUUGUUCCACGCUCUAAAGUGGAAAUGAUAAAAUCGACCUUUAAUAAUUAUCAUCAACGCUUGGCUUUUACGCAUGAAAUUGAAUGUGAUUCUCAGCUUUCUCGACACGGUUGUUAUUCGAUCUGA